GGGUCUGAACUGGGGACCCUUUGGCAGUUAGGAAGAAGCUGGAUUGUUUCUUUCCUUUCCCACAGUACAGAAGCAGUGACUGAAGUGACCUGACAGUCUGUGUUUUGAAUUUCCUUAGUGUUCAUACUACAGUAAGUUACUGCACAGGACAGCUCAGCAAAUUCUUCCUCAGAUGAGAUUCAGAAACUACAAGAGCACCAGUAUUUAACUGUAGGUGUCAGACUGCCUUUUAUGUAGUGAUGUUCUGAAUUCUUCAAAUUCUUUCCCCCUUUUCCAUUCCAUCUUAGUAUUUUAUUCUUUUUUUCUUGCACAAGAUGUGAGGUGAAAAUUAGCUCAAUUCCAGCUGAUGUUAAUUGUGAUGGUUUCUUUGAUUUUAAGGAAGGAUCAGACCCUGCACGUAAUUGCAUUUAAAUCUUUACUGAGUUCACAAGGCAUCCUAGAACCUGUAGCUUGAGAACACAUGGACACAGCAAGGUGAUUUUACGACCCCUCCGGUCGCUGUAAGGUGAUUUUACCACCCCUCCAGUCUCUGUCUGUUUGAUAGAACUUCACUUACAGUUUAGAGGCACAAAUAUAUGCGUUACUACUUUCAGUUUCUAUGAUUUUGAAGACCACUGAGUGAAGGCAUCCAGGUUUCAAGAGUUCACCUCUGAGCAGUUGGUUGCUGGUGCUCAGUGUUUGUCAGGAAGACUGGAUGAGGCUUCACUGCCUUUGCCCUGUGUCAGUACUACAUUAGCUCUGGGUGCACAUUUGUUGGGUAGAGGCAGAAUAUUAGGUUAGGUGACUGUUCAGGUUGUUUUCACUUCAGGUUGGACUGGAUGUUCAUCAGGAGCUUUGGGAAGGCAGGAAUGGGCUCUGGAUUUUGUGCUCCAUCUUGUGGUGGUGCUCAGCCCAUUCAGACGGGUUAGGACUGGAUGUGCAAAUUCACCUUGCUUGGCUUGACUUCCUCAGGCCCUCCCCACAAGAAAUCCUGUGCAUGUGUUAAAGAUUGUGACACUUGGAAGCAGAAAGAGUAGGGAGGGGGGUAUGGAGAAUAUAGAUGUGGACAGGGGUAUCCAAAACGGAUCCUUCACCAAAGAGAGAGAUGCCCACUAUGAUCCUCUUCAAUGUCGUGUUUGCCUUACGGGCCAAUGCAGAUCCAUCAGUGAUAAACUGCCUACACAACCUUUCCCGUCGGAUCGCCAUCGUCUUGCAGCACGAGGAGCGCCGCUGCCAAUACCUGACCAGGGAGGCCAAACUCAUCUUAGCUAUUCAGGAUGAAGUGUCUGCCAUGUCAGAGACUACAGAAGGGCCACAGUCACCUUUUCAUCACAUCCUACCCAAGUGCAAACUGGCCAGAGAUCUCAAAGAGACUUAUGACAGUCUCUGUACAACAGGAGUGGUUCGGUUACAUAUCAACAACUGGCUGGAAGUGAGCUUCUGCCUGCCUCAUAAAAUCCAUUAUGUUGCAACAAAUUUUAUCCCCCCAGAAGCAAUUGAGAGAAGCCUGAAAUCUAUCAGGCCUUACCAUGCAUUAUUACUUCUAAAUGAUGAGAAGUCAUUGCUUAAUGAGCUCCCCUUGGACUGCUCUCCUGCCCUGGUGAGAGUAAUUAAAACUACCUCUGCUGUGAAGAAUUUGCAGCAGCUGGCUCAGGAUGCUGACUUAGCAUUGCUGCAGGUUUUCCAGCUUGCUGCACAUCUCGUUUACUGGGGAAAAGCAAUUAUUAUUUAUCCGCUGUGUGAGAACAAUGUCUACAUGCUUUCACCAAAUGCCAGUGUCUGUCUUUACUCUCCACUGGCAGAUGCGUUUUCCUGUCAGUUCCGGGGCCACAAUCUGCCAUCAAUGCUCUCCAAGUUCUCCCUCCCAGUGUCACUCUCAGAGUUCAAGAACCCCCUCGUGCCACCUGUGCAGGAGACUCAGCUCAUUCAGAUGGUGAUAUGGAUGCUCCAACACCGGCUCCUCAUUCAGCUCCACACGUACGUCUGUCUGAUGGUGCCCCCGAACGAGGAGGAGUUCCGUGCCCAGGAUGAAGACAUGCCCUUCACUGCCAGAGUUGGAGGCCGAAGUUUAAGCACCCCCAAUGCUCUCAGCUUUGGUUCUCCAACUAGCAGUGACGACAUGACUCUGACAAGUCCCAGCAUGGAUAAUUCCAGCGCUGAGUUGAUACCUGGCGGGGACUCACCCCUGAAUAAAAGGAUGACAGAGAAUCUCCUGGCAAGCUUGUUGGAACACGAGCGGGAAGCGAUCCUCAAUGUCCCUGCUGCCCAGAAUCCAGAAGAUCUUCGCAUGUUUGCAAGGCUGCUUCACUACUUCCGAGGCCGACACCACUUGGAGGAGAUCAUGUACAACGAGAACAUGCGGCGCUCGCAGCUGCUGAUGCUGUUCGACAAGUUCCGCAGCGUGCUGGUGGUGACCAGCCACGAGGACCCGGUCAUUUCAGUUUUUCAGUCCCUCUUAAAAUGACUGCUGGUGGAAACCUGCCUCACUCCUGAUGUUCUACAAGAUGCCUAAGGAGUAUGAGAUGAAUCCAGUUCCUUCUCAGCACACGACGUACAGCAGGCUCCCUGCUGCUGUCCCUCCAUUUCACACCUUCUCCCUGCGUGACAGCUCAGUUCUGUUGAGGGGCAGUGUGCUCCUUCCCAGCCUGGAUUCGUGCCACGCCAUCACAGCAUGGGAGCUGCUGUCUCGCAGACCUUCCCUGGCACUACUCCUUCACUGAGGCUACUGAGAUGGGUGAGAGUGGUCCAUGACUUUUACUGGAAUGCCACUGACGUGUGGGUGGAUGCUUUGCAGCAGAGAUGCUUUCCCUGCUCUCCACCACCACUUAGCAGUGGGCACUGCCCACGAGCAGCCUGUCCCCACUGCUUGUCCUCUGCUUGAGGGCAGAGAGGAGUUGGCCUGGCUUUUAGGGAAACGAUCCUGGUUGCUGAGGAGUUCAUUCUGUCUGACCACUUUAUCUGGAAGCAGUGGGGACAUAAAUAGGAAUGCCAAGUAUCACAAGUAAACAGCUUUGUGAAUGCAAA